UAGCAUAGAUUACAGCCGCCGUGUCCUGCUCGCCUCGUCCCACGGUACAAGGAACUCUGCUUCGCUUUUGUUGCAGUUUGUUGAACAACGUCGGCUCGAUCGCCGCUCGGUGUGAUGUGACCUGUUGAUUUAUUAAUCAGUGUUUUAGUGCUGUUUUCUGUGAUAAAAAUGACCUGAUACAUGGAAUACGUGUUUAGUGUUUUACUAGUGUGCAGUGUAAAAUGGGUUUGAUUACAUCGCGAGAGCAAACAAUGUUGGACGGGCCGGCAGUAGGGCCAGUCAAGAGUCACCAUGUGCGGCAGGCGUCGACGAGGAAUCGCACCAAGCCGCCGAUGCCAGACAGAGAUGAGCUGGAGAACCGUUUCGUUAAAGUUUUGGCGCAUACAAAACCUUAAAUCAGCAUCAAUGGACCUGCCACCCGACAAGGCGAAACUGCUCCGCAAUUACGACUUGGAGAAGAAAUGGGAGAUCAUCUGCGACCAGGACAUGGUGCAGGCCAAGGAUUCACCCACACACUACCUCAACAAGCUUAGGACGUACCUCGACCCCAAGGCCUCCAGGAGUCACAGGAAACGGAAAAUGGUCGGCGACUCCACAUCUACACAAGUUCUCAGGGAUUUGGAAAUAUCACUCCGAACCAAUCACAUAGAAUGGGUUCGGGAGUUCCUUAACGAACAGAACCAGGGCUUGGACGUGCUGAUCGACUACCUCAGCUUUCGGCUUAGUAUGAUGCGGCAUGAGCAGAGGAUAGCCCUCGCUCGGAGUCAAUCCAGCGAUGGUAUCAACCAAGGUGCAAACACAACGACCUCCGACUGCAGCGCGCCAACCGACAACAGUUCUACAUUAAACGCAACAUGGCGGCGGCGCGCGCGGUCCACCGACGCCGAGUGCGAAGGUGCUGCCAGCCCUGCCGUCGCACGACGGCGGACCAGGCAUGCAGCCCGGCUGAAUAUGGGCGCGUCCACCGAUGAUAUCCAUGUGUGCAUCAUGUGCAUGCGCGCUAUCAUGAACAAUAAGUACGGCUUCAACAUGGUAAUCCAGCACCGAGAGGCCAUCAACAGCAUAGCUCUCUCCCUCGUCCACCAUUCGCUACGCACCAAAGCGCUAGUGCUGGAACUGCUAGCCGCCAUAUGUCUCGUGAAAGGGGGACAUCAAAUCAUAUUGUCAGCGUUCGACAAUUUUAAAGAGGUCGCUGGGGAGCCGAGAAGAUUCCACACGCUUAUGGACUAUUUUAUGAACUACGACCACUUCCAUAUUGAGUUUAUGGUGGCGUGCAUGCAGUUCGUAAACAUCAUAGUGCAUUCCGUGGAAGACAUGAACUUUAGAGUCCACUUGCAGUAUGAGUUCACUUCGUUGAAGCUUGAUGACUAUCUAGAAAGGUUACGGAUGUGUGAGAGCGAGGACCUUCAGGUCCAGAUAUCAGCGUACCUGGACAACGUUUUCGACGUUGCUGCCCUCAUGGAGGACAGCGAGACGAAAACUGCGGCGCUUGAGAAGGUCAACGAACUCGAAGACGAGUUGGGACACGCCCACGAGCGCUUAGCAGCGCUCGAACGAGAGGCGAUAGCGAAAUUGGCUACGCUAGAAUCUGAACUGGCCAGCGUACGCCAGGAGCGCGACCAGCUGGCCGAAGCUCGCCGGCAAGUUGUUGAAGAGGUGUCAACGUUGAGACGGGCUCAGCAGGACUCCAGAAAUAGACAGUCUAUGUUGGAGUCUAAGGUUCAGGAGCUGGAAUCCUUGACCAAGUCGCUGCCCAGAGGGGCGUCAAUGGGCGCCAUAUCCUCGCACGCGCACUGCAACGGCACGAACGGCACCACCAACGGCACGCACACACCGAACGGCCCCUCCUCCCCCCUCCCCAACGGUAUAAAGGCGCCGCCCCCGCCCCCCGCGCCCAAGCCCCCGCCCGCGCCUGUUGCACCUCCCCCUCCGCCCCCGCCGCCGCUCGUGCCCUGCGCGCCGCCCCCGCCGCCCGCGCCCGGCCUGAUGAUGCCGCCGCAACAUACAGAUGCCAUGACGAUCAAAAGGAAGGUGGAUACCAAGUAUAAGCUACCUACGCUCAACUGGAUAGCAUUGAAACCCAACCAGGUUCGAGGCACAAUAUUCAACGAGUUAGACGAAGAGCGGCCGAGAAACAGGAUAAACUUCUCCGAAUUCGAAGAGAAAUUCCGCAUCGGCGGCCCCUGUGGUUUGGGAGUCGAUUCUUGUGACAAUGAUACUCUGGCGUCCUUCCCUAGCAAACGGUUUAGGAGGCCUGAUACAGUGUCUUUACUUGAACACACGCGAUUAAGAAACAUAGCAAUAUCCCGAAGAAAACUAGACAUACCCGUCGAGAAAGUAAUCCUAGCGGUCAACAACCUCGAUCUCAAACAACUGCCCCUAGAAAGCGUCGAAAUCCUCCAACGAAUGGUGCCCACAGAGGCCGAACAAAAAGCCUACAAAGAAUACUUAGCCGAGAAGAAAAAUAUCAACUUGCUAACUGAAGAAGACAAAUUCCUUAUGCAACUAGCGAAAGUGGAACGAAUAUCAGCUAAGUUGUCUAUAAUGAGUUACAUGGGGAACUUCUUCGAUAACAUACAUUUAAUAACGCCUCAGAUACAUGCUAUCAUCUCAGGGUCAUCUUCCGUCAAAUCCUCACAGAAACUAAGGAAUGUUCUAGAGAUUAUUCUUGCUUUUGGUAACUACUUGAACAGUAGCAAGAGAGGCCCGGCCUAUGGGUUUAAACUACAGUCUUUAGAUACGCUUAUGGAUACUAAGUCGACGGAUAAGAGGAUUUCUCUGCUGCAUUAUAUCGUGGGUACGAUAAGGCAGAACUUCCCGGAAUUGAUGAACUUUGAUUCGGAGCUGAUGUAUAUUGAUAAGGCUGCUCAAGUGUCCCUAGAAAACGUGGUCUCCGAUGUAACGGAGCUCGAGCGCGGGAUGGAGCUAGUCCGACGAGAGUGCGAGGCGCGCGAGGCGCACCGCGCCGCCGCGCCGCACGUGCGCGACUUCCUCAACAACGCGCACGACAAGCUGCGCCGCACGCGCACCGAGGCCAAGCUCGCGCAGGAUGCGUUCGCAGCGUGCGUGGAAUACUUCGGCGAGGCUCCGCGAGGUGUCGACGCCAACGCUUUCUUCUCGCUGCUCGUGCGAUUUACGAGAGCGUUCAAGCAAGCGGACACAGAGAACGAGCAACGCCGUAGACUCGAGCAGGCCCAACAGGCCGACUACGUCGACCCGGCCAAGACCAAGCAGGCGCAGAAGAAACAACAGGAGGCUGUAAUCAACGAACUGAAAACGAAAUCCCAAGCCGUCGGGGAGAAAAAACUUCUGCACCAAGACGAAGUAUACAACGGGGCUUUGGAGGAUAUCCUACACGGGCUACGAAGCGAGCCCUACCGCCGCGCCGACGCCGUGCGACGGUCGCACCGCCGACGCAUCAACUCGCACAGACUCUCAAAAGGACUAGAGGAACUAGACGUAUGAUACGAACCUACCUCCAGUGACCAACUGGAAAACGCCUCCGUAUUAGACGCUGUCAGAUCUAUUAACGCGCGCGAUGAGAAAUUAAAAAAAAAGAAAAGGAAAGACUUAGAAAUGGUUCAUAAAAAACAAACCAUAGCCAUCUAUAAUAUAGACGAUGACUUCUCAGAUUUUACUACAAACACUGUUAAAAAACACAAAUCGUCCCCGUAUAGAGUCGCCCCGACUGAAUGCGAAGUUGAAGAGCGGUGCGAUCUUAUCAAAUCGACGUAUGACGUUAUUUCGAAAUAUACGCGAGCGAUGUUCGACAAGCAAAACGAAACGGUCGUCUGAACGUGCCUAAUAGUUAAUAAAGUUCGUUUAAGCUGUGUUUGGCAGGAAACAGUGUGGAAAUGUUCUUAUAAACGCCAAAUGCUUCUUUUGAACGCCACGACUGUAAUAAGCGAUCAAAACGAACCUUAUUGGAAUGUACAGUGAAUUAGAAAUUACAAUGAAUUCAUUGAUAAAUUCGCCACGCCAGUUCCACAUUGCAAAGCUAGCUUAUACGGACUAACCCCCUUUUGCACUCGCGACAGUGUUGCAAGCCUUAAAAAAUAACCCUAUUUAUUUAGUCGUUGGUAAAACCACUUUUUAAAAUAGUUAGCGGAGCUAACGAAAAUGUAUCGCGAGUGUACUUGGGGGUUCAUUUGAUACGCCUGAAUUUCAUUCCAUUGCUACUCACGAAAGUAUUUUGCUACGGACAAUUUACAGUUUAUUUUGAUACACAUGCUUAGCUUUAGACAUUUUUGUAGCGCCCUGUUCUAGUGCUAUCUCUCGCUCGCACAAUACAAAAAAGAGAGACGGCAUCAUAGACCAAAUGGGCAUAUUAGUACCGCUAGUUAAAGGCCUUUAAAAAAUUUACUCACAUUUAUCUGUGCGUAUUUUGAAAGGAUGUAAUUUCUAAUAUUUAUACUCGUAUAAUUAAUAUUACAGUGUCCUUAAUAUGUAUUAAAUAUUACAUAAAUAUUUAACGCAAGGUAUCUUUCGUAUAAACGAAUUAGUAUAAAAUUUACUAUAUAUGCAUUUAUAUAUUCAUAGCAUUUGUACGUAACCAUAUUGUGAUAGUUCAAAAUAUGUAGCAUUUAUUCUUCAAUUUUCGUAACAUCAACUGGUUUGAGUGUAGAUAAUAUGUCUUUUUUUUAGGUGUACUUCUUAUAUUUUUAUAUGAUGUUAGCUAAAAGCCCAAAACAAUCCAUACAGUCAGCUGCAAAGAAACAUUAUAAAAAGGUAACAUUGUAGGUGAGUAUACCAUAUAAAUACGAGUAUACUGACUGUACUUCACGCAAAUAUUGCCAUUUUUCGUCCCUUUGGGUUUUGAGCUGAGAACAUUUGAGCAAUGUAUAAUUUUGAUUAGGAUUCUCAUGUUAAGUAUUGCGUAUUUCAGACAUGACAUAGAUUGUAAUUAUUUAUAGAUUUUCGAUUCCAAUUAGAUUUAGUUUAAUAUAAACACGAUUAUGUUCAAUAAAACUAAUUUUGAAAUAAUUAUAAUUUGGUAUAUCGGGAAGUAAAUUCUAAUUCGUUACGAUCUGAAUUGCAUCUCGAAUAAGUUGAUUUUAAUUAAUUUAUAUUAUUUGUGUAAAUAUUUGUUUCGUUUUUGCAAUAGUACCAAGUUUUAUAACAUUUUAUUGUAAAUAUAGUAUUUUCGGAUUGGUUGAAAUUGUAAUAGAUUUGAUUUACGCACUUUAUUAUUAUAAGUAUAAAUUAUACGUUAUUAAGAAUACAAGUUGGUACUUUUGCAGAAUAAUUGUAAUUGGUAUGGAUACUUUAUGAAUAUAAUUUAAUAUAUCACGCACAUAUGUUAGGUUGAGUAGGUAGGGUCCUACGCAAUAGGUGCACAUUGACAUUAUCCCGUCUGUAUGCGCCGUCGGUUAAGACGUUCUGUUUACGUUGUUCGUACUUCUAGUUACAAAAACGGUUUGUGUGCAAGUUGAUUGCUAUCAGGAUUAGGCGUGUUGGCUUGUCAUAUUAAAUAAUUUAAGUACCUAAUCACAUACAUUUGAGAAACCAAUCCAAAAUGGAACCUCUUUAAAAACCUUUAAGUGUAUUUUUUCAGCAGGAGGGCUGUGCCUUUAGGGGCUAAAGAAAUUCAUGAGCUGAUGACUUUUGCCUUAAAUAUUGCAAAAUUCUUGUUUAGCAAUCAACAUGCACUGAACGGUAAAAAAGGUGCUUUUCGCACAACUUUUCUGGCUUAAAUACCUAGUUAACGGCUAAGUCAAAAUGUUAAAAAACAAUUGUUUAAAACUUUAAAUUAAUACAGGGUUUGUAUCGGAUUACGCACAUGUUGACAGUUUAAGGAUUUCAAAAGUUUCCACCUAUUUGAGUAAUUAUUAAUUACUAUUAAGUAAUAAUUAAUUAAUUACGGUUUUGUGUCCAGUUAUGUUUCAAAGGUUAUUGUAGCCCUUUUUUAUUACAGAUGUGGUAAAUUUGAAAUAACCUUGAAGUUGAGUUAUUUCUUAUAAUUUGUUCCUGAGUCAUGGAUGUUUUCUAUGUAUAAUAAGUAAGUAUAUCGUCGCCUAGCACCCAUAGUACAAGCUUUGCUUAGUUUGGGGCUAGGUUGAUCUGUGUUAAGGUGUCUCACAAUAUUUUUUUAUUUAUAUAGCUUUUUUGGGUGUCAACAUAAAAGAAAAAUGUUUAAUUAUUACAAUUAAGGAUGGUCUUUUGAUAAAAGUGAUUUAAGAACCAUUUAACUAAUUAUGUCCAUCAUCAAAGCAGAAAAGUGUCUGUAAAAUGGCAUCCUAUAAUGGUUGAUUGUGAGGUUAAAUUUUUAAUAACCAGAAGUUUAACCACAUCUGUAGUAAAAAUUGAGCAAUUUUGGUAGAAGUUUAUGAUAAUGUUUUUUGUAUAGUUAUAUUCGUAUGUGAUGUAUACCUGAGAGUUUUAAUCGGUUCUUCAUAGUUUGUAUCGCAUGUACGCUAGUGUUAGAAACAGUAUUCAGUGAUGCAAUAAAACAUACAUUUACAGUA